UCAAGUCCAAUAGCAGCAGUAACAGCCUAUCAUUCGGAACCAGAUUGGAAGUUACGCGCGGCUUUCUUAAAGAAAAUGAAGCCCAAGACGGAUUUGUUGGCUGAAUCUGCGUGGAAACAGCUGCAGCAGUACUUCGAUAAUAAUGGUUCGAAAAUUAAUAUAUACGAUAUGUUCCAGCAGGAUCCUAAACGUUUCGAAAAAUUUAGCCUGGAAAUCUCUACUUCACAAGAUGGGCCAAUUUUAUUGGAUUAUUCCAAGAAUAAAAUUAAUGAAGAAGUACUUGGAUUAUUAUUUAAUUUGGCUCGUGCACGGGAAAUAGAAGCUGCAAGAAGUGCUAUGUUUAAUGGUGAAAAGAUCAAUUUCACAGAGAAUAGAGCAGUUUUGCAUAUUGCUUUGCGUAAUAGAAGUAAUACAUCCAUAUUAGUAGAUGGAAAAAAUAUAAUGCCUGAUGUUAACGCAGUAUUAGAUCAUAUGAAAAACUUUACAAAUGAGGUAUUAUCGAAACAAUGGAAAGGAUUCACUGGUAAACCUAUUGAAGAUGUUGUCAAUAUCGGAAUUGGUGGCUCUGAUCUUGGUCCACUUAUGGUGACUGAAGCUUUAAAAGCAUAUAGCAUUGGACCUAAAGUUCACUUUGUUAGCAAUAUAGAUGGUACUCAUAUAGCUGAAACUCUUAAAAAAUUAAAUCCAGAAACAACUUUAUUCAUAAUAGCUUCCAAGACAUUUACUACACAAGAAACAAUAACGAAUGCAACUACUGCCAAACUGUGGCUUUUAAAAACAUUAAAAGAUGAAGCUGCAGUAGCUUGCCAUUUUGUAGCAUUAUCUACUAAUGAACAAAAGGUUAAAGAAUUUGGCAUUAAUGUGAAAAAUAUGUUUGGUUUCUGGGAUUGGGUUGGUGGACGUUACUCAUUGUGGUCAGCUAUUGGCUUAUCAAUCUGUUUGUCAAUUGGUUUUGAUAAUUUUGAAAAGCUUUUAUGUGGUGCUCACUUUAUGGAUCAACAUUUUCGCACAGCGCCAUUAGAGGAAAAUGCUCCUGUUAUAUUAGCUUUACUUGGCAUAUGGUAUCAUAACUUUUAUAAGGCUGAAACACAUGCAUUAUUACCAUAUGACCAAUAUCUACAUAGAUUUGCAGCUUACUUUCAGCAAGGCGAUAUGGAAAGUAACGGAAAAUAUAUUACUCGUUCUGGAAAAACCGUAAAUUAUUCCACUGGACCAAUUGUAUGGGGAGAACCUGGCACUAAUGGACAACAUGCAUUCUAUCAGUUAUUGCACCAAGGUACAAGACUUGUACCAGCAGAUUUUUUAAUUCCUGUUCAAUCUCAAAAUCAGAUUGCUCCACAUCACACGAUUUUACUUGCCAACUUCUUUGCGCAAACUGAAGCUUUAAUGAAAGGCAAGAAUGAAAAUGAAGCUCGAGCUGAAUUACAAAAAUCAGGAUUGAAUGCUGAACAAAUAGAUUCAUUAUUACCACACAAAUUGUUUGAAGGAAACAGACCAACAAACAGCAUUGUAGUAAAAAAACUGACACCUUUUAUUCUUGGUGCUUUGAUCGCAAUGUAUGAACAUAAAAUCUUUGUGCAAGGUAUUAUUUGGGACAUCAAUUCAUAUGAUCAAUGGGGCGUGGAGUUGGGGAAACAGCUAGCUAAAGCCAUUGAACCAGAACUGAUUAGUGCAGAAAAUGUUACAACACAUGAUCCAUCGACUAAUGGUUUGAUAGCAUUUGCUAAACGUCACAGAGUUUAAUAAGUAUAUUUAAAUAUAGCUAUAUUCUUUGUUAUAAAAUAGAGAUAAUCGAACGUGAAUAAUUAUAUUCCAAGUUGUGUUAUCAGAAUUUAUGUAUAUAUUUGAGAUAUAUGUAUGUAUAUAUAUAUAGUUGAUAAAAAAAAUUAUAAAACUCACAAACAUAUAACUCUUAAGAGUCUUAUCUUUAAGAUUCUUAAUUCUUCUUAUCAUAAUAUCAAAUUGGAUUAAUGUCCUUAUAAUUUCAGAUUACAGAUUUUCGGUACUAUUAAUAUAUUACAAAAUGCGCUUUUAAAUUAUGAUUAUAGAAUUAUGAUUAUAGAAUUAAUUUAUUUUGAUAUAUAAAGAAAAAGAUUAUGUAAUCAAUAUUACAAUAUUAUUACAAUGGAAUCAGAGAAGCUAGAAUUAUAAUAAAAAUGGUUUGAUUAUAUAUUUAAUGUAUUUACUAAAUCAUAUUUGUUAUGAUCUGAGAGAUUUUAAAUAUUGAAUAAAAAAGUAUAAGUGUUAGUUGUAAUUAACAAAAUAUAAAAAUUAAAUGAACAGUGUUGUAAGAGUAUUGCAAUAUAAUAUUAUCUUCAACAGAACAUUUAAUAGUAGUUUUCUUGAUCUAUUUUAGAUUUUUUAAUAUUUUCUAAUCUAUGUAUUUAAUAAAAAUGUUUUUAUUUUAUAUGCAUA